AUGCCCCUAGUAUUCAGAACUGUGGCACAAUUAGCUGGGAUUUCAUUAUCUUUGCUAGGAUGGGUUUUAUCCUGUCUUGCCAACUAUCUGCCAAAUUGGAAAAACCUCAAUCUAGAGUUAAAUGAGAUGGAAAACUGGACCAUGGGACUCUGGCAAACCUGUGUCGUCCAAGAGGAAGGUGGGAUGCAAUGCAAGGACUUUGACUCUUUCCUGGCUUUGCCCGCUGAACUCAGGAUCUCCAGGAUUUUGAUGUUUGUGUCUAAUGGGCUGGGGUUCCUGGGCCUGCUGGUCUCUGGCUUUGGCCUGGACUGCCUGAGGAUUGGAGAGACACAGCAAGGUCUCAAGAAGCGACUGCUGAUCCUGGGAGGACUCCUGCUCUGGGCCUCGGGGCUCACAGCCCUCAUUCCAGUCUCCUGGGUUGCCCACGUCACGGUUCAGGAGUUUUGGGAUGAGACUGUUCCUGAGAUUGUUCCCAGAUGGGAGUUUGGGGAAGCCCUCUUUGUUGGUUGGUUUGCUGGCUUUUUCCUGGUCCUGGGAGGGUCUCUGCUGAACUGCACAGCCUGCUCAGGCCAAGCCACUCCAGCUUCAGGCCACUAUGCAGCUGCAAUCACGCAAGAUCACUGUCAACAACUAGAGAUGAAGACUACCAGCCUGCACAUCUAA